AUGGUUUAUUGGUAUGUAUGCUUGCUUCCUAUGCUUGCUAUGCCUGCUAUGCCUGCUAUGCCUGCUAUGCCUGCUAUGCCUGCUAUGCCUGCUAUAUUUGCUAUGCUUGCUAUGCCUACUAUGUUUGCUAUGCUUACUAUACUUACUAUGCCUACUAUGUUUGCUAUGCCUGCUAUGCCUGCUAUGCCUGCUAUGCCUGCUAUGCCUGCUAUGCCUGCUAUGCCUGCUAUGCCUGCUAUGCUUGCUAUGCUUGCUAUGCCUGCUAUGCCUGCUAUGCCUGCUAUGUUUGCUAUAUUUGCUAUGCUUGCUAUGCUAUUACUUCCUAUACUAAUAACUACUGUAUAG